UGCACCAAUUGUAGCACUUCGACAACACCAUUAUGGCGUCGUAAUCCUGAGGGCCAGCCACUGUGUAACGCCUGUGGAUUGUUCCUGAAACUUCACGGCGUUGUGCGGCCCUUGAGUCUCAAAACAGAUGUCAUCAAAAAGCGUAACCGA